CUGGGAUUCAGACAGAGAAGUCCGUUGUUCCCACUUCCCACGCGCUGCCGGUGUGAAUUCCCCAUUGUCGGCUGGUGUCAGGGGCUGAGAUUCCUCAUUCAGGCCUGGGCCAGGAGCCAGGAGCCAGGGAGGGUGCCCCGUGCAAAUCUGCGUUGUGCCAUGCACAGUUUCAACAACAGCAGCUUUGACCCCAUCACGUUCAUCCUGACCGGCAUCCCGGGCAUGGAGCAGUCCCACAUCUGGAUCUCGGUCCCCUUCUUCCUGAUGUAUUUGGCAGCCCUUCUCGCCAACUCCGUCAUCCUCUUCAUCAUCAGCACGGAGCGGAGCCUCCACGAGCCCACAUACCUGUUCCUCGCCAUGCUGGCCGUGGCCGACCUCAUGCUGUCCACCACCACCGUGCCCAAGAUGCUGGCCAUCUUUUGGUUCGGCGCCAAGACAAUUUCAUUCGACGCCUGCAUUACCCAGAUGUUUUUUACCCAUUUCAGCUUCAUCGCGGAGUCAACGGUGCUGCUGGCCAUGGCGUUCGACCGCUACAUCGCCAUCUGCGACCCGCUGCGUUACCUGAUGAUCCUAACGCCCUCCGUGAUAGGGAAAAUCGCAGUGACCGCAGUGCUCAGGGGCCUGUGCAUCAUGUUCCCACCCAUCUUCCUCCUGAAGCGGUUGCCCUACUGUGGGAACAACGUCAUGCCCCACACGUACUGCGAGCACAUGGGCAUCGCUCGCCAGGCCUGCGCGGAUAUAAGAGCCAACAUCUGGUACGGCUUGACCACGACUCUGCUCUCGUCGGGAAUAGACGUGGUGCUCAUUGCCAUCUCCUACGCCCUCAUCCUCCGGGCUGUCUUCCAGCUCCCAUCCAAGGAUGCCCGGCUCAAAGCUCUGAGCACCUGCGGCUCUCACCUCGGUGUCAUCCUGAUGUUUUACAUGCCGGCCUUUUUCUCCUUUCUCACCCAUCGGUUUGGCCACAAUAUUCCCGGCUGCAUCCACAUCCUCUUGGCCAACUUCUAUGUGGUGGUGCCCCCCAUGCUAAACCCCAUCGUGUACGGGGUGAAAACCAAGCAGGUUCGGGAGAGCGUGAUACGCGUGUUCUCCCAGCCCAGGGGGGUUCCCUGCGUCGGCUGGUGAAGAGGAGGCUCGGUCAUCCCUGAUGGAGAUAGACCUAGACUAUGCAUGAGUGAACGGUGCUGCAGUUGCACCCUGACCUGGACAGGGAAGCUGUCCUGCCGCUUCCCUGGCAUGAAAUUGCAGGGUAGGUCAGGGCAGCAGGUUUCCAUGCACAUUUAUUGUAUGGGUCAGGAGGAAAGUCAGACCCAUCCAACACUGGUUGGAAGCCAAGUAUUCAGGCCACAACUAUGAAUCUGGGCAAACCCACCUACCACCAUUGCUUCCAACAGUGGCAAUGGUAUCCCAUUUCCCCUCACCCCCUGCUUGUCAUCAGCAGCUGUGAAAAAGGCAAAUUAUAAAGGGAUACUUCCCGUUUUGUUUGCAAUUCUCUCCAUCAUCCCUAACAUGUACCUAUGCAUGGAAAAUUUUGCAAAAAUGCAAUUUUCCGCAGGUUAUGCAUGGGUGUGAGUUAUAUCCGUGUGCACGCUAUAUGCGCGAAAAUACGGUAAAUUCAUGGUGCACCCACACCUUGAAUCCUGUGCCCAGUUCUGGUCCUCACACCUCAAAAAGGAGAUAGAGGAAAUACAGAAGGUCCAGAGGAGGGCAACAAGGGGGAUGAGUGGUCUGGAGGGGCUUCUGUAUGAGGAGAGAUGGAAGAGGCCAGGCUUGGUCAGUUUAGAAAAGAGAUGCUUGAGGGGGCACAUGAGACUGAGAUUGUCCUCAGCACUACACUCAUGGCAUAAACCCAGUCACUGCCUCAUGUUGUUCACAACGGGGCCCUGAUCCUGGAGUGGAUCGUUCUUGCAGUGCCCAAGCUCAGCCGGUGUGCUUUAGGAAAGGUCAGAAAAGUUUUCCUGAAGAAGUAACGGGAGGAUGAAGAAUGAGCUGCAAACUCUUGUUAGGAAAGAAAUAAAUCUUUGAUGAGGCCAAAUGAUCCCUUGACUCUGCUACUUCAUUCCCUGAGACCAGGUAUUGAUUAUUCCCUGAUGCUGGUAUUGAUUAUUGGCUGGCCUUCUCCCUGGGGCUACAGCUAGAUUUGGGAGAAGCUGGAGUAGGUGCUUGGAGUGCAUAGUCUCUGGGGGCCUUUACGGUGGUUUACUGUAGUAGGGAUCUCUCCGCUGGAGGAUGCUGGAUGCAUGGUCUGAACCUGUCUCCCUAUUACUAACCAUGCCACUCUUCUACCUGCCUGGCCAGGUAAUAGGAUGACGUCCUGCGGGUGACCGAGGGCCCCAAGCACCCGUGAGUAGGAGGGUCUGCCUGGAGUUUGGUGCAGAAGGAAUACAUUCUGCAGUACCAAUACUGUAUUCACAAUAGAUACCCAAUCCCAUUGCUUUCUCCAUAUUCCUGGCUCCCUGCUGUCCCGCUGCGUGGCCGGCUUGCAAUGCGCAGCAGGGUGGAAGGAGGAGUUGGAGGGAAAAGAGGUCCCUGGCUCACUGGAGCAGCCGAAGGAGGCUCUUUAAGGCAGCUCAGGGGGAGGCAAAGUUGUCUGGGAAGAAGAGAGAGACUUGGAGAAGGGGCUGGGGAACGUGGUGGCCUGCAACCGGCUCUGGCAGUCAGGUCCAGCCAAAUGGAGAAGGGCCGUGAGCUCCGCUGCAUGAGGGUCCACCCCCACUACCCCUCUCUCCUUUGCACAACCACCUUUGUCAUGUGCUUCUAUGCCUGCCCUCUUGUUUCCAAGCCUCUUUUGGUUAUUCAGGUCUCUGGCACCCCUCCAGAGAAGCAAACUUUCUAGCCAAGUAGCUGCUGACAGUCCAUAAUUAUUACAGCACA